AUGUUCCCCACGUUCCCCCGUCCAGAAAAGCACCGCGGCAUCCACAAGGCACUCCACUUCCUCGUACGAGUGAACUCGAUCAACAACAUGUCAGAGAACAAGACGACAGUGAAGGUCGGCAUCAUGUCGGCCGAAGACGGCAGCAUCAAGGUCGUCGUCUUCUCCGCGCCGAAUCUGCCUCCGCUCCUCGGAGCCAAGGCGGCGAGCGGCGCCAAGAACGCACCCGUUGAGGACGUCACCGUGGCCGAGUCCGGCGCGGAGGCCCCCCUCGACGAGAGCAUCCUCAAGAAUGACCUGGCCGCAGAAGAGGCGACCGCCGCGGACACGGUCGACUCGGACCGGGCCAAGGGCGACGCCGACUGGAACGUCUCGACCGAGGAGCUUUCAGUGGAGAAGCCCGCCCCGGCGGGCAUCGACGAGUGGAGGACCCCCUCCCCGCUCCGCAAGAUCGAGCGCAAGGGCGAGUCCAACCUGGUCGACCGCUCCAAGAAGACCACCAAGAGCCUCACCCCGAUCGGCCGCGUCGACCCCAACGGCUUCGCGGCCCUGCUCGGAACGGACGUCAGCGAGGAAGACCUCGCUGGCGUCGGCUCCGGCAACGCGUUCGUCGACGACGCCCCGCCGUCGUCGACGACGCCCUCGGGCGCCGUCACCGUGGCCGAGUCCGGCGCGGAGGCCCCCCUCGACGAGAGCAUCCUCAAGAAUGACCUGGCCGCAGAAGAGGCGACCGCCGCGGACACGGUCGACUCGGACCGGGCCAAGGGCGACGCCGACUGGAACGUCUCGACCGAGGAGCUUUCAGUGGAGAAGCCCGCCCCGGCGGGCAUCGACGAGUGGAGGACCCCCUCCCCGCUCCGCAAGAUCGAGCGCAAGGGCGAGUCCAACCUGGUCGACCGCUCCAAGAUGACCACCAAGAGCCUCACCCCGAUCGGCCGCGUCGACCCCAACGGCUUCGCGGCCCUGCUCGGAACGGACGUCAGCGAGGAAGACCUCGCUGGCGUCGGCUCCGGCAACGCGUUCGUCGACGACGCCCCGCCGUCGUCGACGACGCCCUCGGGCGCCGUCACCGUGGCCGAGUCCGGCGCGGAGGCCCCCCUCGACGAGAGCAUCCUCAAGAUUGACCUGGCCGCAGAAGAGGCGACCGCCGCGGACACGGUCGACUCGGACCGGGCCAAGGGCGACGCCGACUGGAACGUCUCGACCGAGGAGCUUUCAGUGGAGAAGCCCGCCCCGGCGGGCAUCGACGAGUGGAAGACCCCCUCCCCGCUCCGCAAGAUCGAGCGCAAGGGCGAGUCCAACCUGGUCGACCGCUCCAAGAAGACCACCAAGAGCCUCACCCCGAUCGGCCGCGUCGACCCCAACGGCUUCGCGGCCCUGCUCGGAACGGACGUCGACGAGGAAGACCUCGCUGGCGUCGGCUCCGGCAACGCGUUCGUCGACGACGCCCCGCCGUCGUCGACGACGCCCUCGGGCGCCGUCACCGUGGCCGAGUCCGGCGCGGAGGCCCCCCUCGACGAGAGCAUCCUCAAGAAUGACCUGGCCGCAGAAGAGGCGACCGCCGCGGACACGGUCGACUCGGACCGGGCCAAGGGCGACGCCGACUGGAACGUCUCGACCGAGGAGCUUUCAGUGGAGAAGCCCGCCCCGGCGGGCAUCGACGAGUGGAGGACCCCCUCCCCGCUCCGCAAGAUCGAGCGCAAGGGCGAGUCCAACCUGGUCGACCGCUCCAAGAUGACCACCAAGAGCCUCACCCCGAUCGGCCGCGUCGACCCCAACGGCUUCGCGGCCCUGCUCGGAACGGACGUCAGCGAGGAAGACCUCGCUGGCGUCGGCUCCGGCAACGCGUUCGUCGACGACGCCCCGCCGUCGUCGACGACGCCCUUGGAGACGGAGCCGGCCUCGACGUGCUCCGGCUUCCGCUUGCGCUUCGGCAAGUUCUGUUCGACCAACCUGUGUUCGACCAACCUGCUGUGCAUCUUCUUCUCCGUGGUAAUCGGUCUGGGCUGCUCGGCCUUUGCUCUGUCCUCGUACGGCUCUGGCGGCGUCUCCGAGCUCCUCGAGUCGGUUCUCGACCUCUCCAACACCACGCCAGAGAACGAGUUCAGCCCAACGGUGCGCGGAACGGCGAUUGCAUCGCCUGCGGCGCUCCCGACCGAGACUGAGACUGCGUGCGGCGCCCUCGUUGCUCCGUUCAACCCUGCGCCCGACCCCGUGCCCGACCCCGUCGUGCCGGGCGCUUCUCACCUCGACCUUGCCAAAAUUUUCUGGUUCUUCGGACCCGCCUUGCUCCUGACCGAUCUCCUUCCAGGAGCGAAGGCGCAGCCGUCAUCUCCACCCCCCACGCCGUGGCCCUUCUUGCUCGCUUUUGUCGCCGGAGAGUGCAUCGACGAUAUCCACAAGGUGCGCUCCGCAGACGCUUGCCUGGAGCUCGGUGGCAGUUACACCAGCUCGACUGGUGCUGUGACCGACUACGCCACGAUCGUGAACAUGUACAGCAGCGGCUCUGGCGUCGCGAUCUCGAGCAGGCACGGCCUUGGUCAAGAGCGGUUUCACUUUUGA